GCCAGUCCGCUGCCGCCUCCCCCGCGCCAGCCGCGUCCCCGCGCCGGAGCCAGCAACGGCCCAGCAACGAGCGCCCAGCCCGGCCCGGCCCCGCCAGCCGCCCCCCAUGGAGGAGCAGCCCCACCACCAUCAUCACCACCACCACUAUUACUACGGCCAUCACCAUCACCACCCGCAGAGCGCCUACCUGUCGCCGUCCGACGGUCGAGCCCAGCCCAAGCCGCCGCUUCGACACGAGCACAAGCACGGCGGCCCGCCGCACCAGGAGACGCCGAAGCGGAGAACAGGCUACAGCGAGCUAAAUGGUAAUGCAGGAGAAAGAGAAGUGUCAUUAAAAGGCCUGUGCUCUGAUGAAACCACAACCCCAGGAUCCAGGGUACCCAAUGGCAGCCAGCAACUCGUAGACACUAGCGCGACCCCAAAGCAGACUGUGAAGGGCAGUGCUUUGGGGAAGGCUGGAAUCAAACCCAAGAACUUCAUUCAGAAAAAUAGCAUGGACAAAAAGAAUGAGAAGUCCUAUGAAAAUAAACUUGGGGAAAACCAGUCCUCAGAGAAGCCAGAGGCUGUGUCCAUUCCCAACGGGGUGGUAACCAGUAAUUCUGGCUAUAUCACGAAUGGCUACGUGGGCAAAGGGGCCGACAACGAUGGCAGCGGCUCCGAGAGUGGAUAUACCACACCUAAGAAACGGAAAGGCAGGCGCAACAGCGCCAAGGGUUGUGAGAACUUGAAUCUAGUGCAGGACAAAAUAAUGCAACAAGAGGUCGGAGCACCAACCUUAAAACAGGAACUUGAGAGUUUCAAGCCUGAUUAUAGUGAACAAAAGGGGAACCGAAUUGAAAAUACUAAGCCCAUUUGGAAAUACGAGGCUGGGGCAGGUGGAGCAGGCCGAGGAAAGCCUGGGCUUGGAGAUGUACAGCGAAAAAAUUCUGAUGCCAAACCUGGGGUUAGCAGCAAGAAGUUUGAUGACCGGCCCAAGGGGAAGCACGCAUCAUCGGCUACGUCUAAGGAGGACUCGUGGACCUUGUUUAAACCGCCCCCGGUUUUUCCAGUGGACAAUAGCAGCGCUAAAAUUGUUCCUAAAAUAAGUUAUGCAAGUAAAGUUAAAGAAAACCUCAACAAAGCAGCUCAGACCCCAUCCAUGUCGUCGUCGUCAUCGUCUUCGUCAUCUGCCGGGGAAACUCAGGCCCAGACUUCAAGUCGACUGUCCCAGGUGCCCAUGUCUGCGAUGAAAUCUGUGACUUCUGCUAGCUUCUCGAAUGGGCCCAUUCUGGCAGGGACUGAUGGAAGUGUCUAUUCUCCAGGGACCCAGCCACUGCUCUCAUCUGCUGCUAGUACUGUACCAUCAACCUCCUCUGAAUCAGUACCCCAGGACAUAAGUACAACUUCAACAGCUCUGGAACAAAAGAAAUCUAGCCUUUUUAUCUACCCUUCAAAUAUGCAAACUGUGCUUCUGGGUUCAGCGCAAGUCGAUUUCCCAUCCCAGACAAAUCAGCAGAACCUGGGAGAUAUCUUCCAGAAUCAGUGGGGCUUGUCUUUCAUAAACGAGCCCAGCGCUGGACCCGAAACUGCUGUGGGGAAAUCUGCGGAUAAUCAGUUAAUGGAAGUGACAUUUCAAGGGGAAUAUCCUGCCACUUUGGUUUCACAGUGUCCUGAAAUCAUUCCCUCAGGAACUGAACAACCUGUGUUUCCUAAGGCUUAUGAGCUGGAUAAACGGACUAGCCCUCAAAUUCUUAGUGCUAUUCUUAAGCCUGGGACUGCUGUGGAGGGUGGUGUCUUAGCUUUGGAGUCGCAUCACACAGGUGACCUACAAAAGGCAGACACCGGUAGCCAAGGUGCUUUAGUGUUUCUUUCAAAAGACUAUGAAGUAGAGAAUCCUCUGGCCUCUCCUACGAACAAUUUGCUAGCCUCCGCCAAAGAACAGAGGUACCAGAGAGGCCUAGAAAGGAAAGAUAGCUGGGGUUCUUUUGACCUGAGGGCUGCUGUUCUAUAUCACACUAAAGAAAUGGAAUCUGUUUGGAAUUUGCAGAAGCAAGAUCCCAAAAGGAUAAUCACUUACAAUGAAGCCAUGGAUCGCCCGGAUCAAUGAAGGUAGCAAGACAAGACUGCCUGUUCUAACCUUUCUGCAGCAUUUGUGCUGUUCGUGGGGGACAAAAGGCUUUUAUGCUCCUUCUCAAUCUUCAGUGCAGCAGAGGAACCAUAAUUAGAAUCACAGGAUAAUAUAUACAAAUAUAUAUAUAGUUAUUUAAAAAUGGCAACUGAAAGUAAUUAGACUUCUUAAGGAAUCUGAAAAUUUAUUUCAACAAGACUACACAUGUGAUUAUUUAAUCUCCGGUACUGAAUAGAUAAUUUUUUCCUUUUUGCUUUCUUUUUUUCCUUUUUUUUUUUUCCUUUUUUUCCCCUUUUUUUUGGGUUAUUUUUGUUUAAAGAGUGAAUGCAAGUGAUUAACGAACACAGACUCGAUUUACAAGCCCGGUUCUAAAGUUCCUGCUGUCGUCUGCACAGGCAACAGCAACCCACUGGAGGGGCAUUUCCACUUGACAAGGUUUCUGUUUCUUGUUCUGUGACUGUAGUGACACACACUAAUCACAGGGAAAUCAGGAUGCUUCACCAUCCUUCAUCUCCCCUUUUCCUUAAACCUCCCCUGUUUGUAAUUUUUAUUUUGUUUGUUUCUUUUCGUUUUCCAUCGAAUGCUGGAGAAACACCUUGAAGUUUGCAGAGUUUCUUUAUUUUUGUUGUUCCAGAGAAUUCUAAUCUGCAUGUUUUUGCCAGGAGUAAAGCAGCAAUCCUAUGCUGGGAAAAUCUGUCUUAAAGCAUCGUUCUUCUGGGGGGGCAAAGAUGGUAAUACUGCAGUUCUAGGAUGCAUGGUGAAGUCACACAGUUGACCUGGCUCCGGUUACAUGUUGGACUAUUGCAACUGAAGAGUUAACUUCAUUUUUAAAAGACAACAUGCAAAUAUAAGCAAUCUGUUUAGGCAUUUAACAUGAAAGAGAUAAAAAAAAUCCCACUGUUCCCACAGUUUAAUGCUGUUAUACUACUGGGAGCAAAAAAAAAAGUUAUCUUCUGCUUUCAACUGUAGGUGCUUCAUAUCUGCUCUUGUCUGUCUAACACUAAAUGUGCUGGAUUUUUUUCCCAUUUUCAUUGGAAAAACUGAAGAGGAAUUGAGUUCUGCUAACUUUCACCCUUCUUGAAGUAUCUUCUUCUCUUUAAAAAAAAAAAAAAAGAAAAAAAAUGAAAAAAAAGGAAGAAAAUGAAAAAAAAAAAAGAAAAAAUCAGGGAAAAAAAAAAGAAAAAAAAAAGAAAAAAAUGGAGAAAGGAAAAAAAAAAAAAAGAAAAAAGAAAAAUGGGAAUUUGAAUCCUUUUCAAUUUGUCCAGAGAAUGCCAGUGGUGGGCUCCCUGCACCUGCCCAUUAGAAAUGCUUUUUUUUCUUUACAUUUUAAUGCAGUCUGUGUGUUUCUGGGCUCUGCUUCUAAUUAUCUCUUAAUUAAAAAAAUAUAUUUUAUUACCAAAAAAUGGAGGACUUAGAAAUGAUAAUUAAAAAAAAAAAAAUUAAAAAAGAAAAAAUAAAUUAAAAGAAAAAAAAAAAACACAACAUAAAAAAAAACCUCUAAAGGAAAAGAAAGUUUCCUGGCAGUGGUAGAGAGGGCUGGGCAAGCCCCACUGUGUAACCACCUCUGUCCUGUCACAGCUCAUGUAAAGCAUCCAAGUCAUCUUGGGGUUGGGUAGUUCUGGGCUGUGUUUUGGUUUGGUUUUUUUUUUUAUGGUGGAAAGUUCACAGGGUCCAGUGCAAGAGCAAGAAAUGAAUGAAGUAAAAAUGAGAUUUUCUGUCCCACCCAGUGCUCAUCGUGGGUGUUUAUAGCCAAAUACAGCCUCACGGAUGUCUGAGGGUCAGCAGCAAUUGGUGUCUCCUAAAGUCAGGUUGGGCCCUGUGGGGCAUUACAGGAAUCAAAGCCCAAAAUUUUUGCCUAUCCCUUGUGCUUAGAUUUAUCCUCUUUUUUUUUUUCUUUCUUCUUUUCUUAGGAGGAUGUAGCACAAUAUUUUUGUUGUUUUGCUUGUUUGGGCUUUUUUUCAGUUUUUAUUCUUAGUAAAAUUGUUCCUAAAUCUUAGGUUCACAGUGGGGCAAUGAAACUUGAUUCUGUACCUUUUGUAAGAUUGUUAGCUUUCUGCCAUGCUUAGUUUUGGAAGUCUGCCUAUGGAUUCCCUGCUCCAUGUAAUGUAUCAAAUGCUAUAUAGUAUAAUACUGUAGUGUGAUACUAUAUAGUGACCAUGUGUUGUAUCAGUCCAGGUUCAGAGAUGUGUGGUUGGCCAGUCACGGAUAAUUCUCUUUCACCUCUAAACUGUACCACCUCUGCAGGUGUGUGUAACCUUCAGAUGUAUAACAUGUUUACAGAUGUGCCCCACUUCUAGUUCCUCCCCCUCUUCCUAUUUCUGAUUCUGUUGAGUCUCCCAACUCUGCUUGCCAAAAGUUGGAAUUGCCUCCAGCGCUGCCGUGGAAUUGCUGGGGCAUUCCUGAGCUUUAAAGUGUUGAACAAACUGGAUGGUGAUGGGAAAACUGAGGUGGAAGAAUUGUUCUUUCCUUUUUUUUUUUUUAAUUGUAUUGAUAUUUUCACAAAGUUGAAGGCUAAUAGCAAAGUUUCCAGUUUGUUUUACCGACUUUAAGGUUCUGCUGUGUAUUUAUUUGCCUUGUGUAGUCACUCGUCGCCUUAAGGGCUGGGUUCCAUUUUAAACAAAAGAACAACAGAAAAAAAACACCAAAAAAAGAAAAAAGAUAAAUAUUUAGAAAAAAAUACAAAAACAAGCCCUGUUUUGCUUCCCUGGGGUCUGUGCUGUCCUGGUCCCCCUGCCCCUGGAUCAGCUCUGGAGGCUGGUGCGAUGCAGAGGCAGAACAGCAAUACCCUGUGCUGAGUCUGACCCUGCGCCUUCAGAAGGAUCCUGGUCUUGCUGAGUAUUUGAGGACACUCAACUUUGGCCUGGUCCAAUUUGUCUUUUAAAUGGCAAAAGAAGUGCUGAAGGAAAGACGGUUCAAAUGAUGGCUUGUCUUUUCCCUCUGCUGUUUGUCCCUACUGCUUUGCCCCCACUGCAUGUAGCCCCUUGCCAGUGGGACCCAUCCACAAACACCCUCUGCAGCUUCUCAGCUGUAUUUCUAACCGUUAUCUCCAGAUGUCUGUCUGUCUUCAUGAGCUCCACAGUGUAUGCUCAGUGCUAAAGAGUUAGGGAAUCUUCUCUCUGAGCACCUGUAGCUCUGGCUCUCCAGUGCAGGUGAUAUUUCUGGGGUAGACUAUUGCCUAGAGUCAGGCAGGACCGUGGAAGAAGCUUUCUUGUGCUGUCGUAUAACUCACCCUGUUGCUGUCUGCAGUCCUCUCAAAGUCCUCACACAAUUCUUUACUGAGCACUUAUUAAAAAUAUCUUAAGAUUUAA